AUGGAGCCGCUAGUGAGAUGGCGAGACAGCUCAACCGGGGGCAACGGCACGGCGGCACCCGGCCGCCGGAUCCGCAGCGCCUGUUUCACCGUUACAUUGCUGGUAAGGCUAAAAGUCUGGCACUCCGACUGCGGGGAUUGGCUACCACCCGAUGGGGCUUUCGUGCAACCGCAUUGA